AUGAAUAACAAAUCGACGGAGAACCUAAUUGAAUCUGGAGGAUCUGUUGAAGAGAUUCAGGCACUUGAUGUUUCACCAUUGGAUUUGAAAAUAACUCGUCAAGUGUCUAACUCUGAUCGGGUUGAGAAUAAUCCAACCAUUGAUAUACAUCAUAAAAAGGUUUCAAAUAGUUUUCUGGCGGAAAAAUCCGAUGAAACUGGUACGGAAUUGAAACCAUUACACCCACCAGUUCCGGCAGCUCGGAAAUUUAGUCUACCACCAAUUGCGAACAAACGAAAUGGCAAAGACUUGAAGGAAAAUUCGAAUCAAUUGACGCGAAAACAGUCGCUUCGAAGUGAUGAUACGAUUCAAAUGAUCAACGAACGAACGGUUGUGCCACAACAGAGUAUUGCAGACAAUACUGACAGUGAAUCUGAUUCAGACAUACGCCAAAAUAACUCGUCCGCUCGAGAUAAACGCAAUAAGAUCGAAUUGUUAUUGAUGAGCAAAGAGGCGAAAAAGCACUUGGGACGACAAUUUGUUGGCAGCAGUCAAGCAAAUGAGGAAACUACAUCAUUCAUCUCAUAUGAAGAGAAGCAUGAAAAAGAAGAUAACUCCGAACACAACCAUUCAUCGAAUCAUUCGUCGGCAAAUCUAAGAAAUUCAUCAAAUGAUGAAAAUGGUGGAACAAAUAAUGAAGCGUUCGUUCCAGACGAUGACCCACGCUCUGAUGAUGAAAAUCGCCCGACAACGACGGCUGAAAAUGCUGCUGCAAAACAUAAAACUAAAUCAAAAAAGAAAGAUAAAAAAUCGAAAUCAACAAAGAAGUUGAAGUCGAAGCGCAUGAAAAGUACAUCGCAAAGUGCUGAGCAAAGAACCGAACACAUUGUAUCUGCAGAGGAACAAGAUGAACAAGCAACAUACGAUUUCAAGAGAGUCAUAGGCAUUUGGAUUCAUGAAACUUCAGCCCUACGAUUCGAUCCACACAUAAGACAGCCAAGAGUACGAGUGUCGUUUUACAAUUUAAACGAUGGUGAAUUGCUAAGUAAAAGUAAUCCGCUUCGGAAUGCCGUUUCUAACUACGAACCAAAUAAUGUUACAUUCAUUCAACCGAUUCUGAGCAACAGAUGCAAAUUCAAGGAAUCUAGCGAAAUCGAGUGCGACUGGAAUAACGAACUGCUGUUAAUAAACGAAGACAUUCGUCACAUUCAGAAAGAUCAUGUCAUAAUAUUCUUUGAAAUUAUGGACAUUUUAGUAUCGAAUGGCUGGAAUCCAAUAUGCUGGGCAUUCCUUCGGCCAGGAAAUGGUAAAUCCUUUUCAAAUAUCGAUAUCCGAAGUGAACUUCAAUUACAUCAUUAUCAGCGACAACGAUCUAAGCACGGUAUAAUGGAUGAAUGGAAGGCACAAAAACGGAUUAAAUAUCCAGCAAGUUUAUCGGUGACAGUGGCAUCCUAUAAGCCUGAAUCAAUGCGAAGUGUGUCGUUAACACGGCCAAUGAGUGUUUUAGAAGAAGAAAUGACCGGAGACAUUUAUACAUGUGAUUCGGAUGGCGAAGAGCUCAGUGAACAAUUGUGUAAACCAGAUGAUUCCAAUUUUGAUCAACGAUCUCAAAAUUUGCCCGAAAAAUUGAAUCGCAACGAAACGAAAAUGUUGAAUCUUGAGAUGCGUUUGCCUGGACAACAAUGCAAAUGUCCGAAUCGAUUGGUAUAUAAGCAUGAAAUUUCGGGUCAUUCACGUUGUCACGGUACACACUCACAAUACGGAUCGAUGACAUCGAAAUUCAGUCCUGCUGGUUCAUUAUUGGCAUUCCAUCGUACGACGUACAUGAGAAGCAAUCAUGAAAUCAUUAUUAUGGACGUCAAUAGCUUGCAUGUGUCACAUGUGCUGGUGGGACAUUUCAGCAUCGUUUACGAUAUCGACUGGCUCAGUGAAGAUACGUUGAUCUCCGUUUCGUCGGAUCGAACAGCCAUCAUUUGGUUUCUUACCGGAAAUAGUUUUAAAAUUCGGGUGCUACCGCAUCCUUCGUUUGUUUAUGCGGCCAAAUGGUUGAGUAAGUCUCCCGAAUACGCAUAUGUGGUGACAGGUGGACGUGAUUGUGUUUUACGAAUUUGGAAAAUCAGCACAAACAUCGAAGCAGACAUUGAGCUAUGUGACGAGUUGAUACAGCACGAUAAUUACAUCACUUCAGUGGCAGUAUCGCGCAAAUCAACCAAACUAUACACCGCUGAUUGGAAUGGUGUUCUGCUUGAAUGGAGCCGUACAAAGAGUACGAAGGGCAAAGAUGUUGGGCCAUUGUAUCAUAUGCGCAGGAAAAUAAAAAUCUUUCCGACGAGUGUGGUUCGAGUCGAAUUGCAUGUAAAAAGCAAUCGUCUGUAUGUUCAAUGUGUCAACGAUCCCUUGAUUUAUGCAAUCGAAACAACGUCAGCGAUUAUUGUAAAAACAAUCCGAUUUGCCGAUGACUAUCACAUUACACUAGAGCUUCGACACACAUUCACUGUAUCGCCAUGUGGAUCGUUAAUCUUCACUAAAAAUGCCCAUGAAGAUGAAAUCAAAUGUAUUCGCAUAUCGAACGAGGAGGCCGUUGGUCAGUUUCGUAUUCCAAUUUCGUUGACAACAAGAAAGUAUUCCGUCACAUCGAUGUGCUAUCAUCCUAGCAAAGAUUUGAUUUCAUGUUCGAUAUUUGGUGAUACAAUGCAUUCAUGUUUGUUUUUAUUGUGCCAUGCAAGCGAAGAGAUAAGCAAAAGACAUGGAAGUGUGGUUCGAAGUAAGGAAGAAAUCAGCUGGGAGCAUGAUCUGAAUACAUUACAGCAAUGGUACAACAAUCGAUCGCAAGACAUCACCAACACCGAUGAGAUUGCAUUAGACUCCAUUUUGAGUCGUAUUGACGAUUUAUUUUUUAUGGCCAUUCGAAGUCCAAAAAAUAUCGUUGAUACCAAACAACUCAAAGAUAUGCAAAUGUUUUUACAAAAAUUUCCCAUCGAAUCCGCACAAGCGCAAUGGCCAGAUGAUGACAGAAUGUUAGAAAAUCAAAGCCAAAACGAUGAACAGGAUCAUAUAGAAUUUUUGAAUGAUGACAAAUUCAAUGACACUUCUGCAAAGUCAACUCGGAUGUCAUUUCAAAUGCAGAGCGCUGCAAAUCCGUCGUUAAAAAGCAGCGAUACACAAUCAAACACUAGCUCACGACACACAUUCAACAUAAAUAAACAAACAAAAGCAAAAGCAAAACCAAUUCCCAAACUAAAUCCAGAUGACGUCAAUAUGCCAUCGGAUGACAGCCAACCAAGCAAUCGAACAUUUGAAAUUCCAAAAUAA